UUUUAUUCCAUUUGCCAAAUACUCGGCAUCCUAUUUCUCAUUCAUUGUUGUAUAAAGCCACAAAAAUCCCCAAAAUCGAAAGAGACCCUUCCAGUCUUACACUCUCAAGUCAAAGCGAAACACAAACACAUAACACAGAGAAUGAGAGAGUUUGGAAUGAAACGGAAGAAGAUUGAAGGCGAGAGUUGCAGCCUAUCUUCUGUUUCGGUUGGACAAAAUGAAGAAGACAUUAUCAGCAGUCUACCAGACUCUAUCCUCUGCCACAUCCUCUCUUUUCUCCCAAUCAGAGACUCCGUGGCAACAAGCGUUUUGUCGAACAGGUGGAAGCCUCUCUGGACUCUCGUCCCUGUUCUUGACUUGGAUCACUACAAUCUUUCUAGAAAACGGCGGGGUCAAACUUUUAGCUUUGUGGAUACAGUGGUCAGAAUUUGGACUCUCCGAAACGCCAUUUCCACUCCCACCCCCCUACGCAAAUUGCGCAUUUCUUGGUGCGUCGAUUGUCUUCCCUUGUUUGUCGACUCAUUGGUCCGCGCCACCAUUCCCAAAGGUUCUUUGCAACAACUCGAUCUCAACAUUUAUUCUUUUAAACAACGUUUGGAGUUGCCCCGUUCUGUCUUCUUUUGUAAAACAUUAGUGGUUCUCAAACUGAACGGUACCUUUCUUCUCAAUCCUCCUUCUGCUUCUACCUUCCCAAAUCUUGAGAUUCUGCUACUUGAUUCUGUUCGCUAUGCAAACUGUGACUCUCUCUCCACACUCCUCGCAUCCUCCCCGGUCCUUCAAGAUUUUACCCUCAAACUGGGUCGGUUUGGAAUGGACAAUUUGGACAAGAAUGCAGCAGCAGCAGGCAAGUUAAAUAUCAUUGUUCUUGUACCUACUUUGAAAUUUCUACUUUUUUACAUGUUGAGUGUGACUCAUACAAACUCCAUCUAAACACCCCGGCUCUUAAGUACUUUCAUUUCAAAGGUGUUUUGGAUGAGGAUGUUGUGUUGGAAAAGCUCCCCAACCUGGUCAAAUCAGUGCUUCAAGUUGAGACAUGUUAUGAUACAAGUGAUGAUGAUUAUGCAAUGAGGAUAUGGGACUUCAUGGGACCACUAUAUAAUGUUAUAUCCAUGGAAUUGUACAUAAAUACCGCGGAGAGCCUCUGCCAUGCUUCUAAUCAUGAUGAUGAUGUUCCCAUGUUUCAUAAUUUGUCUUCCUUGAAGAUUUAUGGUGAGCUUUGGUUUAAGUAUGCGUGGCAUGCAGUACGACUAUUGCUUUUUCGGGCUCCAAUGCUACAAACACUUACCUUUGAAUUGGUAGAUUUGUAUGGCUCUCGUUGUUCUGAUCUUGACAAUUGCUCGAAGAACUCACCGGAUGUUCCUCAAUGUUUGUCAUCACACCUUACAACCUGUCAUUAUAUAGGAUUUUCAGAGCUUGAAGAUGAGAUGGAACUUGUUAGGCAAAUCCUAAAGGAUGCAAAAGUAUUAAGGACAAUGAAAAUCACUGCUGAAGGGCGUCCAGACUCAAAGACGAAGCGUCGUAUUCACAAGGAGUUAGUGAAAUUCCCAAAGAGCUCUCAAAUUUGUCAAAUUGCACUUGACUAAGAAUAUUUCCAUUUUUAGUGUCUCUCUCUUAGUUGUCCAGAAGCAGUAGUUUUAUGGGAAUGCCCAUUGUUUUUUGCAUGUUUCAUUUGAAACUUUGAUGGAUUCAAGAUUAAUGAAUACUUUUUUAAUUAUGAAA